AACAGGUGGCUUUCGCUGUACUUAUGUCCGCGCACGCUCCCCACGGACCCCCUCGUCAACGCAAUACGCUCCUUCUGCAAUCCAUUGCAGUCCUGAUACUAGCACGUACGCUAUAUGCCUUUGUUUCGCCCACUGUACCAUCGCGCAGAUCCGUCGAGAGUCUAGUCGCACACAGAGUUGUCCCAGUGCUCCUUGCCCGAGUGGGCGGUGGCUUUGGGUUUGGGAAAAAGAAAACAUUGGCAUCCGAGGUGGACGACCUGAAGUACUUUGAAGGCACCAUUUAUUCCCCUUAUCCUGGACGUCGCCCUCUCCCUCCUUUCGAAAGCACACCUUGUGCUUGCGGCUCGGACAAAUCCUACGGCCAGUGUUGCUUCCCCUUGCACAAGGGAGAGGACAGGGCCAGCACUCCGGAGGCACUCCUGCGCUCGCGCUAUUCUGCCUACGUUCACGGCUUUCCCAGAUAUCUGCUGGCCACGACACAUCCCUCGUCCGCUCCCAUGCGACCUAAGCGACUGAAGGCUUAUUUGGAACUUUUGGAGAUUGCCUGCUCGGAAGAGAAUUUGAAGCAACUCCAAAUAGGGGUGCAGGAGGCCGGGGCGACGGAAGAGGAGGCUUUCAUAACUUUUAGGGUGAAAAGACACGUGUGGAUGAGCGAACGGAGCAAAUUUUUGAGAGGCGAGGACGGAGGCUGGUUAUUUUUGGACGAACAAGUCUAAGCGUCAGGAUGUACAGUCACCCAAUCAAAUAUCUGCCGCACGCCCCCCGCCCGUGGGGACUGACAAUGCUGAAGAGGCUAGGAAAAGCAGGAGAAGACGAAAUUUUGAGAUUUCCUGAGAUGUAAGCACACAAAAAGCAAAGUCGAUCGGGCCUGUACUUGCCCCCCCGUAUCGCUUUAUCAGUUCUGU